AGGUCCUCAGGAUUUGAUAUUGGUGGAUACAACGCGAACGCUAUGUGUAGCGUUUACCAAUGUUUCAGUAUUAACACCGCCACUACAAAAGGUGAAUCCCUCUACUUCUUUGUGCCACGGUUUAGUAUGGAUGUACCUGCCCCAGUCCCAGCGGAGGGCCAAGAAUUUUUUUGCAAAGCUUGAUUAGUGGUUUAGACAGUGAGCUGUGGAGGUCGUAUCUAUGGUUCUGCAACUACAUUUGCGUCCAUCGGAGGCAGUACCAACUGCGGCAUACCAGCAAUCCUGGUAGAACUAAGAACGGAUGACCCUCGGAACCUCAAUGCAUGUCCCACCCCGAGUCUCCAGAGUUCGAUCCUUUUGAGGAUCGCAGGGAGAAGAUAUUACAAGCGGAGGAUCUUCCGAGGACCGCAAGUCGGGAUGUUGGAACAACAGCUAGUUCUUUCGGACCGGCAGGGAUAAGUGCCAGCGGGGACGACCACGGCCGCGACAAGGAAGCAGCUUUCAACAGCUUCUACUAUCACGGCCAGCUGCGACGUGGAGGCGCGCCGGCGGACUUGUUUUCUACUUUCGGCUCAACACCAACAUCUGGCUCGGCGUCGACACACGUACCCUCUUCUAGUUCUGCCGCGUCGUCCUCUUCCUGUUCUGCCGCGUCUUCGUCGACCGAAGACCACAACAGCAGCUUCGACAGAACAAGUUCUUACCACGUCGACUCCAGCAAUCCAAACUACACGCUUCAGAAAAGUAAUGUGCUAUCUUCAUCUUCGACUUCGUCGCAGCAUUAUCCGAAUUCCCGGGCGGCGUUUCGCGUUGUCGACGUGCAGCCGGUAGUGGAAGUGGAGCAGAAGUAUCAAUCGCCGAUCAAAAAACUCAUCGUCACACCCUCGAAAGAACAAUCUUCUUCGGCGGGAAGUAGCAGCAGCUUCCACGAUUUUUUCCGAAAUAAUUCUUCAGCGGCCGUUCCCUUCGAUUUCGAAACUGUGCUGGGAGGACCAAGCGAAAGCCGCGAACGAACUGCACUUAGUCCAGCACAGUCACAGUUUCAACCUGGUGCCUCGUCCCCGGCUCUAACGAUCUUCGGAACGUUGCCUAGUUCUAGUACGAGUUCUCACGUGUGUGAAGGUCGUGGACCAGACAGAACAAAAGCCGAGACCAGUUCCAGAGAUCUUCAAACUCAGCAGAUCAACACAAGCACGAACCCCCGCCAGGAAAGUUUCUCUACUAGUCCAUCCGCAGACCACCCGUCUGCUGUUGUAAACCAGCUACGGCAGAGCGGCGCGCAGACAUUUGGCAGUAGUUUUACCGGUGACGAUUUGGACUUUCUGGCUUCAAGUGACGUUGCUCUACCCCCUCCAGCCGACAACACAAAUAGCAGCGGCAGUUCGGUCGGGCGGGACUUUUCAUUUGAAAGUAGGAGAAGACCGGUAGUAGAACAAAGUGAAACGCAAGCUACAGUAAAAAGAAGUCCGAAACUUCAAGGCCACGACGACGACGCGGAUCCGCCGGUGUACAAUAUCUCCCGAGAGAUCGUGUUUUACACGCUUCGGUCGAUCCAGGAUAAACUUAAGAGUAAGAGCAGCGACAGCAAUAUCAAAUGUAAAAAUGUCUGGGUCUGGAAGAUUGCCAGGUUUGUCAUGCACAUUUUGCAUGACUCCUGAUAUCUGUGAUGCAUGCCCUCGCAUCACAGAUUUUGUGAGGGCUUCCUGGUGCCUAUACCGCAUGACAAACGCUCUUUCCGUGUAGCACAACUUGGACUCUCUUUGCUGCGCAUGCAAUACAGAUUUUUUUAGAAUCCAAAAUCAGCAUGACAAGUUGCACUCUUCCAGACCCAGACACUUUUGCAUUUGAUAAGCAAGUCGACCCUACCCAACGAACCGCGGGAGCGGCCGGUGCCCUUCUCGCCAAAGUACGUGCCCAAUAGCAAGGAGACUUCGCCCAACUUCUUUCGCUCGCGGAACUACAUCACCAACGGCGGCGUUUUUGGCUCCGUCGGUGCGGACGAGCGCACCUCACCGAACCAGCGCACGCAGUUUCUCUCCUCCAGCAGCAGCCCGAAGACGAGAAACAAGGACGUGGAACUGCAAGAGGUGACGUCGUCCCCCGAAGGAGCAGACCGGUCCUCGAAAAACACAAAGGCCUGGUCCCAAAAAAAAAUGUCCCGUGGCGGCGGAGGUGGAAGUAACCUGGGCAGCAGCUACAGUGCGGUAGCAACGACCGUCACUGGAGGCGGAAGUUGUGGUCAACUGCAACACGGUGGGGGGACGACCGCAACGACACCGCAGACAGGCGACCUUGCGCUGCAGCCCGGGCAACAGCAUUCGGGGAUGAUGUUGAAUCCGCGGAAGAGCCUCCACUACUACUGCUGGAAGUGCUGCACCGGGGUGGUGGCGUGCUUCGAUUUCGUAUUGAGAGGAAAAAUCCCCCCUCUCCAUAUCGAAAAGGUAUGUUUCCGAAAAUUUGUCUUGCUGAUUUGAGACCACAGACCACGUCUCUCUUGCAAGAAGACAACUCCACAGGCUCUGCCGCAUUAUGCAGGCGGUUUGUGAUGCUGUUGGGCCUACAGCGUGGACAUUUCCCACGCUAAGCGCCUAGGUCAAAACCUCUCCACUCAGGCUUGGCAGGAGCCUGCUGGCCUCUACUGCAAGACAAACCCGAUUUGUAUACGCAAAUCCAUAAUCAGAAACUUCCUUUUUAUAUGGGGAGGGGGGACUUUUCUUUGUGAUAUUUCGUCCUCCGGCUGCUCGGGCCCAUUCUGGUGCUCCUUGCGUUUGUGCUCUACGGGUUUGUCACCUACGUCUACAUGCGGUUCUGCGUGCCCGUAAUGGACUUCAGUUUCAAUGGCGCCGCCGGGGGUUUGGGGUCAUCUUCCGCAUCGAACGGCAAUGUUGACGUUGGCCCACAUGAGGAACUGCACUCAGAAGCAAAUCGCUCGACCGCAGCCGCGCAAAGCCCUACACUGCACUACCCAAGUAGAACUUGCUCCCCUGCCCCUGCGGCCGCCCCAGAAGAACAGAUACUGUUUGUACGUAGAAGUACAGAUGAAGACACAAGUUCUGUUUAGUUCCGUCGACAGUGACGUGCUUUUGCAGAGGCGUCGCGGAUGAAAACCCGGAUUUUUUGCAUAUGCCAUGGGAACAAAGCGCCGGAACAAGGCGGCAUGGAUUCUUGUAAAGGAGAACAAAUGCAUUUAUUCAUGCAUCUACGCAGGACAAGCUCAGACCCGUACUGCGUAAAGAUAAAUUCUAGAAAUUGUUAUUCGGGGUGGUCGCAAGGGUUAUUUUCAACCGGAUACGCCUUAUUUGGACGUUUUUUGCGGGUUUUUCCUACUGUGGAAUAUCUGCUACAACCACUGGACUGCCAUGCGAACAAGCCCGGGCUACCCGCCGAAGUACAGUUGUUGGACAAAGAAUGUGUUUUGAUACGUUGACAACGUUGCGAAUCUCCCGUUCGCGAAAACGCGUAGUUUUGUGACAUCAAGUUUGCUUUGGUCGUUUAUCGGAUGUUUUUUUGUUUUCCUACUUUUGUAAUUUGUGCUCAUUCAAUGUCCAUGCGUGCCAAAAAAUGGAAAUUCCAGGUACGAUGUAAACAACGACGAGCUUUUUGAGAUGCUUGGCAACAGCGCGCACAUAGACGUGCCCCAGGACCUGGAGUCCGGGCAGGUAUGAAAGUGCACAACUCCCCGCUCCGCCGCCUCACGUCAAGGGCAUGAAGAGCAAUAAGACAGCCACCAGCGAGCCAGCCCGUGCAUGACAACAAGCGCAUGCGCCUCCAGCACUGUUCGAGCUUCCGGAGGUUGUCAUGCAAACAGUGCCAGAAGGCAGCAACUGGAUUCGCGAUUUGCAUGACGAAGCAGGAUGCGGGAGGGGAAUGAGUUGCGCCCUCGGAUAGCAGCCGAAGGUGUGCCACAAGUGUGACAGGAUAAAACCCGCCCGGGCUCACCACUGUUCGGUCUGUCGGCAGUGUGUGUUGAAAAUAUCAAAAGCAAAAAUCCCCCCUCCCCAUAUCAAAACGAAGUUUCUGAUGCUGGACUUGCGUUCACAAAUCAGAUUUGUGUUGCUGGAGAGGACUGCAGGCCGCUACCGAGCCUGGGGAGAGAUGUGUUUGCCUAGACGCUUAGCAUGAAAAACGUCCGCGCUGAAGGCCCAACAGGAUGACAAACCGCCCGCAUAAUGCGCCGGAGCCUGUGGAGUUGCCCUGUUGCAACACAGAUGCGAUUUGUGGUCACAAAUCAGCAACACAAAUUUUCGAAAACGCACCUUGUCAAUAUGGGGAGGGGGGAUGUUUCAUUUUGAUAGAAAAUGGACCAUCACUGUCCCUGGAUCAACAACUGUGUUGGUACGCUUUGGAUCAUUUUUCUCCUAUUUUUUUUGCGAGUUGUAGUCUUUCUCCAUCUGCACCAAUCUGAAACAAGUAUGUAGUGGGCAAAAUCCGUUUUUUCGUAGUGAUUUCAGCAGCUCGAAAUCAUGACGUCGAAGCUGUCUCUUGUUGUUCAAACAUUUGUUGAACAUGAUGCGCAGGAGGGGGUACUGCUGCGAAAAGAACUUAGCUCCGAAAGAACGGAAUCCAUUUCAUCAUCAUGAUCGUCCACCAGGUUUUGGGAAUUAUCAGUACUUUGUGCUGUUUCUCUUUUGGCUCUACGUCGGCGUGGUGUUUGUUCUGAUCACCUGCUACGCUCAGUUUCUGGAGAUUUUCUACCACCCCUCGCGGUCACGGCACCGCGAUUUCAACCACCGCGAGUACGUGGGCUUCAUGUACUAUCCAAGAAAAAAAGUGUGUAAGUGUAACUUUUGUCGAGGAACAGCAUCACAGAUUUGUUUUGCAUGACAGAGAAAACCUGCCAUGCGUAGCUAGUACGCGAAAACACGUUGGAAAAUUGACAGGCGUAACUGCAUUGCAAUAUCUGCAAGACAAAGUUACACUUACACAGUUUUUUCCUUGCAUAUGUACAUUCUCUGCGCCUCCAUCUGCCUCGCCCUGUCGUUGCUCGGAGGCUUUCACCUGUACCUCCUCCUGACCAACCAAACCACGAUUGAGUUCCAGCUGAACUGGAUCGAAAAGCACGAGGCCAAGAAGCGCAAUAUGCACUGCAAAUAUCAUGUCGCGGUCUGGAAACUUGGGAUGCUGGGGGUAGACGGACGAGGGCAACGCCGCUACUAGUAGCCCAGCAUAGCAAGUUCGUGAGCUGGGAGGUUUUAGCUGUGGUCUUUUUUGCAUGACUUACUGCCGGUCUGCACGAGGGUAGCGUGCAUCUCAGCAAGCUUGGGAGUGAGUCAUGCUCGCCGGGCGUGACAAGUUCUGCUCCUGCAUGCUUCCAGACCGUGACAUCUUUGCAAUGAAUACGCGACGAGCCGUGGCGAAACGUGUACGACCUCGGACCCGCGCUGAACUACAAGCAAGUGCUAUCGUAGCUGUGAGUGGGGGAUUAGGUGUCGUCCCGUUUUCGAUUAUUUGAACGCCACGAAAUAAAUCCAAAUUGGUUCGCAAUUAUAUUGCAAACGCUCCUCCUGUUUCUCGGUCAUGCACAACGUCAUAGCAUGCGGAUUUCGUACCUAUAGGUCGUCUCUGCUCUUCCGCGGACAAAAUGGACGAGCUGGAGGGCGGGGCCGGAAGAAUCUCCAAUGUGACAGCGCGAAUCGAGGGCUUUAUCGCAUGACAAGCUUCCUACAAGGCUGCUUCUUAUUUUCAUAAUCUAGGGAUGGGACGACAACUCUCUAGAAGUUUUCUCAGGUCGAUAAGCAAUGGGCGAAUCUUUGCUACUCGGCUGCUUCCCCUGGCUGGGCCGACCGAAGAGACGAGUUGAAGAAGGGUUGAGUUUCCCGAAAACCACCCGGUUCCACGUCUGACGGGGCGCAAUAUGUUGCUUCAAUAGAAGUUGAUAAUUUGUAUCGAAAUGUCCGAGAUCGUUCCUAAAUUUAUCUUACGAUGAUCCUUCCAGGCCUGUUCGUGCUGUGCGACCAAAGUUGUGCAAGGCCACAAAGAACCUGUUCGGUGUGAUAGUCUGUACAUCGACGAAAAAGUAGACUAUCAAUGCACAUAAGUUAGCUGCUGGCAGCGAGAGUUUGCUUUUCCUGAAGAUUCAAAAUCGCGAGUACUCUUUUAAUUGGUUUCAGCCCCCCCAAUGUAUCUAACUAUCAAAAAUCUUGUAUCAUCUGUCUCUCUAACUAGAACUGAGAAGACACAAAAUGACUACUCACGUAUGAUGAUGUACAUUGCAAUAUCGGGCAGAUUGAUGUUCUUUUGCGUCUUCUUGCACCUCUUUCAACUACAGCUGUAUGCGAGGCAGACGCAGACCCCGAAACCGAGUGGUGCACGCAAAAAAUGGCUGGAAGUGAUUGCUUCUUCUAAACGCGAGCAUGCGUUUGGGCCACGAAGAAUGAACUAGGCGUAGCCGUAGAAUGACUCUACUUCCUCUUACGCCGAAAUCAAAGCAGAAUGUGGAAGACUUCCUUGCAGUUCUUACCAGAGCAUGAUGCCUACAAGUACGGGCGGUUGUUCGGGUCAAUCACUUUAUCUAUCAUGGUCUUUUGUUUUGGUGUAUGGAGUUUUGGACCGCAUUCCUCUUCUUGUUUACUUUUGAUUGCUCGGCGACGAGGAAGCGCAGGCUCGAUCGCACGGCACCUGGAACCAGAACCUUCGGGUAUGACUAGCUGCUAGUUUCGCGCAAAAUUAGAACCUCCUCAAGUAGAUCUUUCGUCGUUUCGGAUAAUUGUAAUUCUGAUCGGGGACAUGACGGAAGUAGAAGUACAACAGGAAAAACUCAUUCACGAGAGAUUCAAUUUCUCGAGUGAAGCGCUGACCGGCGAGAGUGAAGUUGGUUCCUGUGGUAGUCGUCUCAGAGAGUUCUUGUUUCAGCAUUUCGAGCGUAAAGCCGAAGGUGUGCAGCUUACAACUCUGACGUUUCGUUUGCGUCGUAUCGCAGCGAGUGUGUGGUGGAAAAGGACAAGGAUGCUAAUGUUUCAAGUCUGAAUUACGCUUGUGGCCUUUGGUCAGAAAGCAAAUCUCUCCUACAAUGCACUGUAAAAAGCGGGGACCACAAGAACCGAUUUCCGCGAAGAGCUGCUUAUGAUAGAUUUCAUCCCAGCGAUAUAUUCACGGUAUUAGCAACGAGCUGGUUUCUUUUCAUCUUCGUUCGCGGAAAAAACGGAAAUGUACUCUGAAAAAUAACAACAACAAUAAAAUAGUGGAGCACUAUCCUCGUAAAAAAUGUUUCAAAAAUUUAUCGCCGCGGUCGACACUUUCUACGAGUGGUUGCUGCAGCCGAUGGACCAGUGGGGGAGCAAAGCAAGACGGCCUCAGUAAUAUCUUUUUUUUUUGUUACGGGAAAUUGAUAAAUGAAGUUCCAUUUGAAACUUAGUUUCAUCUAUGCAAAAUUCUAAAGUCACAUUCAUUCUCUUAACCAGCCGAGGGAAUGGCACGGCGUUUGACGAAGCAGGCGGCGGAGCAGGACCCCCUGCAGGAGAAGGCGGGGGUGGCGGCGGGUUGAUGGGGCUAGGGAGAUGAAAAUAGGUUUCUGAUUUCUUGCAGGAGUGGGAGCCGAAGUAAAGAAGAACUCAAGAGAGGAUAGAACAUUCAUUGCUACAUGUCUUUUGGCUUUCAGUAAUGGAUUUUUCACACACAGAGAAAGACAAAGAGAAAAAGAGCGCAUACCAUAGGUCGAGAAGCUCAUAUUACACCCUUUUUUGUCUCCUGCAUAGGCGAUGUGUGGCGGUUUGUGCGAAGGAGGAGCGGGCACGACGGACGCCGGUGCCGGCGGCGGUGGGAAAUGAGGGACGGUGUAGGGACACGAGCGAGAAAAAGUUUCUUUCGGUGGUGCUGUGUAGCAACAAUGUAGACGCUAUGAAAGCACAACGAACUGUAAAAAUGUUUUAGAAAAUGCUCCUGCAACUGCAAACAAUAGAAUGAGAUACUGCAAAACAAAAAGAAUGCUGUUGAUACUAGAAGGUUGGUUGGCCUUCGGGUGUCCACCGGACUAUUUUCGCGAGCGCGAUAUACAUAGCACGUGCUAGUACAAAAAGCCACUCGAGGACGACCAGCACCAGAACUAAUAUGCAAGGUUUUUUGAUGUCUAAUGGCAUCGACGAGGAUAUGCUUUUCAGCAAAACGACGUAGCCGCACUUUUAUUAUGAUAUUCGUAGAGUGUUCUUGCAGCUUGAGAAUACAACAGCGUUGAAAAGAUGUUUCAGUCCAGCAACUUACUGCGUCUGAAGGAACAGAUUGAUUCCCCGCAGCGCGGCGGCCUGGGGUGUCAGCAGCUUGCUACCACCGACCUUCCUUCCGUGCUACCACCUGCCGAGAUGAAAUGUUGAUAAUCACAAUUGAAAUGAAGAAAUGCGAUGCGAC